AUGGCACCAGCACGAAACAGCGGCGACCUGUCUUCGCAUUCGUCAGACUCUGAACCCGUAGAAGGUGGAUUCCUUGUAAAUGAUCCCGAAUAUUCCAGACAAAGAAGAUCCAGAAGAAUAUCAAGCAGAAAUGUUUCAUAUAAAGAAGAAGACGAUAACGAAAGUGAUUAUGAUGCAGACACGUAUGCUAAUGUAUCCACACCCAUCAAAAAGAGAAACACGCGUUCUGCGACGCGUAGUACGAGUAGCAAGAAAAGAAAGGUUAAAGAAGAGGAAACAGAUGAAGAUGAAAAUGAUUCAGAUUUCGUUGUUGAUCUUGAAGCAGAGGAGGGAAUUAGUUCCGAAGAGGAUGAGGUGCUGAUACUUGCUAUUGCUGAAGUAGCUAGGGAUGGUUCUUCUUCGAAUUUGGCGAUUUCGUUAUCUGAUGAUGAACUCCCACUUGCGAUGCGAGAUCGCCCGGAGGAUGAAGAAAGUGGUAGUAGUAGUAAUCGCAGACGAACUACCAGUCGUAGCGCUAAGAGAAAAUCUACUCCUAAGAAGAAGAAAGCACCUAAGGUAAAAGUUCCAUAUUUUACGCGUAUUACAGAGAGAUUAUAUGAGCAUCAUCCUGAAUUGAAAGAAGUGUUCCCUCAUCUAGCAACAUGUGAGAAGAUCAAAGUAGAAAGAGCUGAGCAUCCUCCAGGAAUGACAAUCAGACUCUUGCCUUUCCAACUUGAAGGUUUAAAUUGGUUAAUCAAGCAAGAAGAUGGCGAAUUUCAAGGAGGUAUAUUGGCAGAUGAAAUGGGGAUGGGUAAGACGAUUCAAACAAUUGCACUUUUUAUGCAAGAUCGAUCAAAGAGGCCCAAUUUGGUUGUGGGUCCAACUGUUGCCCUUAUGCAAUGGAAAAAUGAGAUUGAAAAGCAUACUGAUCCAGGAAUGUUAAAGGUUCUUCUUUAUCAUGGAGCAAAUCGAAGUAAUGAUCCCGAAGAAUUAUCUAAGUAUGAUGUUAUUCUCACAUCUUAUUCGGUAUUAGAAUCGGUUUUCAGAAAACAAAAUUAUGGGUUUAAGAGAAAAGGUGGAUUAGUUAAAGAACCUUCACCUUUGCAUACUAUGGAAUUUUAUCGAAUUAUUCUUGAUGAAGCACAUAAUAUUAAAGAUAGGGCUUCAAAUACUUCCAAAGCAGCUAAUGCCUUAUUAGCCCAAAAGAGAUGGUGUUUAACAGGUACGCCUUUACAAAAUAGAAUUGGUGAAAUGUAUUCCUUAAUUCGAUACAUGAAGAUUGAACCAUUUUCACAAUAUUUCUGUACGAAAUGUGAAUGUACCAGUUCACACUGGCAAUUUAGUGAUUGGAGACAUUGUGACAAUCAGAAAUGUAGACAUUCUUUGAUGCAACAUACUUCAUUUUUUAAUCAUUUCUUAUUAAAGAACAUCCAGAAAUAUGGGGUAGAGGGACUUGGUUUAACCAGUUUUCAAAACCUUAGAUUACUUUUGGACAAUAUUAUGUUAAGAAGGACUAAGCUUGAAAGAGCAGAUGAUUUAGGGUUACCUCCAAGAAUUGUUGAAAUUAGACGUGAUAGGUUUAAUGAAGAGGAAAAAGAUUUAUAUACUUCACUUUAUAGUGAUUCCAAGAGAAAAUUCAAUGAUUAUGUUGCCGAGGGGGUUGUUUUGAAUAAUUAUGCCAAUAUUUUCACUUUGAUUACCAGAAUGAGACAAUUGGCAGAUCAUCCAGAUUUGGUACUUAAAAGAGUAGGGUCCAAUGCUAUAACAGACAAUAUCGAGGGCGUUAUCAUGUGUCAAUUAUGUGACGAUGAAGCGGAAGAACCAAUAGAAUCUAAGUGUCAUCAUCGAUUUUGUAGAAUGUGUGCCCAGGAAUAUGUGGAGUCAUUCAUGGCCGACAGCAGUAAACUACAAUGUCCUGUUUGCCAUAUUGGUCUUUCAAUAGAUUUGGAACAACCAGCAAUUGAAGUGGAUGAGGAGCUUUUCACAAAAGCAUCCAUUGUGAAUAGGAUUAAAAUGGGAGCUCAUGGCGGUGAAUGGAGAUCAUCUACUAAAAUCGAAGGAUUAGUUGAAGAGUUAUAUAAACUUCGAUCAGAUAAACAUACUAUCAAAUCAAUUGUAUUUUCACAAUUCACAUCGAUGUUAGAUUUAAUAGAAUGGAGAUUGAAGCGGGCUGGUUUCCAAACUGUCAAAUUACAAGGUUCGAUGUCGCCACAACAGCGAGAUAAUACAAUCAGAUAUUUUAUGGAGAAUACAGAAGUUGAGGUUUUCCUAGUAUCAUUGAAGGCAGGUGGGGUUGCACUUAAUCUUUGUGAAGCAUCUCAAGUAUUCUUAAUGGAUCCAUGGUGGAAUCCAAGUGUUGAAUGGCAAUCUAUGGAUAGAGUGCAUAGAAUUGGUCAACGUAGACCAAUUCGAAUAACUAGGUUUUGUAUUGAAGAUAGUAUUGAACUGAAAAUUAUAGAAUUACAAGAAAAGAAAGCAAAUAUGAUCAAUGCAACAAUUAAUCAAGAUGAUGCUGCUAUUAGUAAGUUGACGCCUGAUGAUUUACAGUUUUUGUUUACCAAUUAA